CAGCGUCAACUUAUCGUCUCUCUCUAGUCUCUUUUUCUGCUGUUGUGUCGCCCAAAGGCCCAGACGCUCAGUACUUUUUAGUAAUUAAAAAAUAAUUGUAUUAUUCUCCAGCCUCUUUCUUUAAUUUGUAUUUGUUAUUUUUAAGUAGUUUAGUUACUUUGUCAUUCUUUCAAUUAACAAAGUAAGUAAAUCGUUUAUUACAUAUUUUUGAGCGUCUAUAUGAACUGUUACCCUACAUAAAACAACUCACGAGGUUUUUUAGGUUAUUUUCUGUUAACAGGAUGUCAUCAAUAUUGUUCAUGACGAAUAAUAUUCUCAUCUUCGUGUAACUAUUAUAUUUUUGUUUUUAGUUGUAUUUUGAAUCAUGGCUGACAUUGAGGAUACUCAUUUUGAUACUGGUGACUCUGGUGCAUCGACUACAUACCCCAUGCAAUGUUCAGCUUUACGAAAGAACGGUUUUGUUAUGUUGAAAGUAAUGCAUUCCUCAUCUUAUGAUUUUAUUGUUUAAAUUUAUUGGUCGGAAAUAUUAGUUAUUAAAUUUUAAUGAAUUAUAAAAUUUAUAAUUAAAAUAAAUUACCUAACGUGUUUUCAUAGGUAAAUAAUUUAUUUAUUUAUCAAACUGAUAGCUCCUAAUUUUAUUACUAAUACAAAUUAAAUAGUUUUUACUUGUUAUAGUAUACUUUUUUAAUAUGGUAUUUAAAUUGGAAAUUGUGUUUAUUUUUAAUGGAUAUUUUAUCUUCAUUUAGUGUUUUUUUUAAAGAAUUUUGUAGAACCAUUUUGAAUUUCUUGACUAGGUACUUCAUGACUUUUUUAUGAUAGGUUAUUAGUAUAUAUAAUUUUAUAUUAAUUGUAGCUAUUUUUAUUUCUAAUUUUUUUGUGGAUGUUUUAUUUUUAAUUAUUUUAGAUUAUGUACUCAUGUAUCUAAUUGGAAAUUACAAAGAACAUUAUUAUAGGUUAUAUUUUGGCUAUGUAACACUAAUAGUGGUUUUUGUGACUUGUAUAAUAAUUACACUUUCAUAUAUAUACAUUUUAUUUUAAUUAUUUAAAUUAUAUUUAUUUAGGCUCGCCCAUGUAAAAUUGUGGACAUGUCCACAUCAAAGACUGGUAAACAUGGACACGCUAAGGUUCAUUUAGUUGGCCUAGAUAUAUUUUCCGGUAAGAAAUAUGAAGAUAUUUGUCCAUCCACCCAUAAUAUGGAUGUUCCAUUUGUCAAACGUGAAGAUUAUCAGGUAACUAGUUUAUUUUUCAAGUAUAAAUAUCAAAUACGAUAGUUGUGUCUAAUAUACAAAUUGUUCACCCAAUUCGAGUAUUCAGAUAUAAUCUUUGUUAGCUGUAGUUGUGAAUUUAUUUUUUUUCAGUAAUGCUAGUUCAAAUUUGUCAAAAUAUUUAUUUAAUAAGAUAUUAAGUAACAUAUAUAAAUAUACCCAGAUUUAAAUAUAAAUGUAUAUAAAUAAGGAAUAGUACAAUGGUAAAUCACUUUCCUGUGGUUUACACCAGACAACAUGAUUGUCAACUAAAGAUCUACUAUUCCUCAGUUCUCAGUAUUUAUAAACCCUAAUUAUUUGGGUAAAUAGAUCAUUAAAUUACUGUAAAAUGAUUUUAGAGCUUAUAAACUUCGUAUGAAUUUUAUGAAAAUAUUGUUUACGUUUUAUUUAUUUAUUAUUUUUAUAAAAUCUUUCCAACAUAAAAUAACAUGCUCAAGAAAGUCAUAACAACAAUUCACAAAUAUACUUUUCUAAAAAAUUGUUAUAUUAAGUAAGUGUCAACUAUAAUACUUGUAGAACAGUUCACAUUUAAUAGUUUAUAUAAAAAAAAAAAAAAAACUAGUUAUUUUUGUAUACUUGAGAUUUUGUUUCAAUAUUUAAAUUAAAGUCUUCAAAUACUGUUUGUUUUUCCAUUUCAUUAUAUUUACAUUUCUGGAAUCACUUUUCAGAAGUUUUAAAUUAGUAUAGAUGUCAUUAAAUUAUAUUUAAGAUUUUAAAAUAAUAAUGUUGGGUAUUUUAUUUUGAUAAAAGAAUAUUAUGUUUAUUAUUUGAAAACUAAAUAUUUUUGCACAAUUUGGAAUUUUGACUAGAUUAAUAGGUCUUGACACUACUGCUUUUUUAAUCUUUGUGAACACAUGUAUCUCUGUAUUUGAGUAACUGUUAAAAAGUGUCUUUACUGAAAGGCUUCUUUAAUCCGUUUUUUUUCCAAGCCAUAAAUUCAUUAAUCUGUGUUUUAUUUAUUGUUCUAGAAGUAACAGAUUGUAAAUUGUAUUAAAUAAAAUAAAAAAUAUUGAGCACUAAUUUUCUUUAUUUUUUUCUUUCUAGUUUUAUAAUAUAAUAUAAGUAAAAAAAAUUAAACUUCAAUACAAUAAAAAAAAAAAACAUUUAAUUAUAAAUAAAUACUCUUAAAUUAUUAUAAUUAUUAUUAUUAAAAUAAAUACAUUAAAGUAAUAACAAAAGUUACCUACACUUAAGCUAAGCUUGUGGUGGCGUAGGGAGUUAAUAGGUGCUUAUUUCUCUUAUUUGUUGAUAUUAUCUUAUUAAUAUUAAACCAUUUAUAUUUAUAUUGAUAGUUUUAUUUAUAUUACAUAAUUUUUCUAAGUAUAUUCCUUUUUUAUUUUAAAUAGUUGACAGACAUAUCAGAUGAUGGUUAUUUAUGUUUGAUGUCUGAUAAUGGUGAUUUGCGUGAAGACUUGAAGAUUCCAGAAGGUGAAAUUGGUCAACAAUUGAAAAAUGAAUAUGAUGCUGGAAAAGAACUUCUGGUAAAUAAAAAAAAAAUACAUAGAUUUUUUUAUAAUUGAAAAAAAAAAUUGAUAGUUACAUUUAGUAAUUUUUUUUUUUUAGUGUACUGUAUUGAAGUCUUGUGGUGAGGAAUGUGUGAUUGCCAUUAAAACAAACACUGCUUUGGACAAAUAAUGCUUGCAAGUGAUUAAAAUGUUGGAUGAGCAGAACAUUUCUUUUAAUAUAUACUUUUUUUUUUUUCUAAGUGGCUAAACAGUUUUCAAAUUCUCUUUUUAAUAAUUAAACCUUAGAAAAAAUAUAAAUAACUUGUCCACUGUUAUUAUUAAUGUAAUUGAACAAUCUUAUCAGUCUUCAGGUUAAUAACUCAUACUAUUAUGGUAUUUAUAUUUAAAUAAAAUAUACAUUAUUUUUACUUUUUAAUAAAGUUGUUAAAGUAUAAACUAUGAGUUAAACCAGAUUUUGAAAUAUAAACAACUAAGUCACUAAUG